UCUAUGAACACCAUGGUUGUUGACGGUAAGCACAUCCCUCAGACCAAGCCUGGAUAGAUUCUGCACCCGUCUGCCUGCCUACAGUUCAUCAGAAUGAUCAAACAGUUUUAAUUCUCUCCCCGACGACCCACAAACGUGUCAACCAAGGACUAUGUUUCGCGUUCUUGCUUUUGGGCUUGUGUGCAUCGGGUCUUCUGCACGUGCCUAUGAGACUGACACUCAGCGACAACUCAUCAUGAGCGGAGAAGUUGUACCGACUGGCACCAAGACUUACGUUGCCAGCCUUCGAUCAACGCGCGACGGCAAUAAUUUGUGCGGCGGUAGUCUUAUCUCUCCGACACAUGUCCUCACAGCGUCGCACUGCGUGGUCUACGACAUUCGCUGGGCCUCAGUUGGGACUCACUACCGCAACGGCACUCUGGAUGGCGAACAAAUCCGGGUCGUGUCAGUCAUGCCCAACCAAAACUACUCCGAGAAUGUGCUCUAUGCCGACGAUUACAUGGUACUCGAGCUCCAGAGGCCAAGCAAGUUCAAGCCUGUGAAGCUCGCUGCUCCCGACGACUCCGACUUCAAAGCGGGGAAGUGGUCUGUAACAAUGGGGUGGGGCACAGAUGCGGAGGUCAAUGGUACCAAUCCUUACGAGCUACAGCGCGUAGACCUUCAGCUUGUGAGUGAUGAGGCAUGUGCUGCUAAUGCCACCAUCGACUCCAGUAUGGUGUGCGCAGGCGGAGUUCUCAACCAUGAUUCUUGCUUUGGAGACUCCGGUGGGCCUCUCAUCCUGGAAGGGUCGGACACAACAGAGGACGUGCUAAUUGGAAUCGUGAGCUGGAGCAAAGACAAUACGUGCGGACGAGAAGGCUACCCUGGCGUCUACUCUCGAGUUUCCAAUGCUCGAGCUUGGAUUGAUUCCAUUACGGGUGGUAACGGCACUUGCAUGGCUUAAAACAUCAACCUUAUUGUGCUAUGAAUGCGUAGGUUAAUAGAACGAAGAUGGAACACGUAUCGGUACUAAACUUCUCUUAGCAACCACAUUUCAC